AUGGUCCUUCAUUGGUUCCUUCGUGGACCUCCCAGUUCAAGAAUCAAGAAACGAGGUGGAAGUGGUUCGGGAAUAACCACAACUCGUCCAUGUCCGCCAAUCAGUACUGAAACUAAGUGGAGAGGUAUAGGGAGUGAACCAAAAAUUGCGGGAUCCACAGGUGGAUUUAUAGGUCUCAUCUCUGGCAUAGUCAUAGUCUUGAUUAUACUCACUUUCGUUGGAAUCUAUUUACGGAAUCGAUAUCGUAAACGGCUUCCCUCGAAACGCACACACAACAAUCCUAAUCCGCUACCUUCUCUAUCAUUCUCACGUCCGUCGACAGAUCCAUAUGCUCAGUCAUCAACCCAACGCCAAUUCCAGCCGGAAAUGGACAUGGAACUAGAGACAGAUAAUGAGAUGGAAAUGGAUAUAGGAGAUACUCCAAAAGCAUCAAAAUUCAAUUUCACCAGACCUGUAUAUACCAGACAAAGAUCUUCAGAUUGGGAGCUGCCAAUUGACAACCCAAAUAAUUACAUAGGAAAAGGGAAAGGUAAAGGACGGGUAGAUGUCAAAUUACCUAAUGAACCCUCUGAAGUAGCUUUACCUUUAAGAAGCAAAUCGCCGAGACCAGUCAGUCCAUCGUCGACCCCACGCUCAAGAUCAAAUAGCGCCAACAGUAUCUCGUCAACCACUUCUACUCCUAUACGAAAUGACUGUAAAGGUAGAUCGGGUACUUUAGAAGUAGGCCCCGGUCCAAAUCUACAAACCCAUGGAAGCAUCAUCAAUCCUUUCGAAAACCCAUAUGAUGAGACUCGUCUCGGCCCAAUCCCGUUUGGUCGACAAGGUUCUAUGUCAAGCUUCGAUUCUGCGGAAAGUGAUGGUGAUGGACCCGAAGAUCGGACCAGGAGAUUCACAAACGAAACGCCCGAAGGAUCAAGCGGGGGUGAUGAUAGUGAUAGGAGUGUGAGAGUAUCGCAGAUUAGGGAAGGAACGAGAUUUGUAGAGAGGUUCGAAAGCAAAGAGUCUUUAGCGUAG